AUCUUUGAAUUAGCUUCCAUUGGAAUGUAUUCAUCUGUAACAUGUCACUCUCUGAAUGACAUCACAACAGCUUCUAGUCCUUGAAAGUCUUGAGGUUGAUUAGCUGAAGGAAUUGGCUGUUUCUGCCAAUCAUAAUCGUGUAAAGCCGCCUUUAUAGUUCUGUAGAUAUGAGAGAAGGGGAAAGGGAGAGUGACUACAGCUAAACAAGAGGCACAGCAGCAGCAGCAGCAGCACCAGAAGCAGCAGUAGUAGCAGGAGCAGCUGGUAUUCGGGUGAUUAAAUAGUUCUCAUAGCCUUUUUGCUGUUCUCUGACUGCUCCCUGGUGUAAUUCCCAUGUCCAAGAAGGAAGCUGCAUUUUAACGGUGUGCUGAACGGAGGUUUGAAUAAUUCCAGCUGGCUGCUUGUUUUGAAAAGGACAGUAUGUGUAUAAAUAAAAUGUGACUGUGCUGGAAGAGUUCAGUUACUAGGGGCUGGAGCAAGAGGAGUCUUCCUGGGAUACUGUUCACACUGCUAGUAUGAACUGAAAACUCUCUCUAGUUUAUCUGAGCCAAGUGAAGAAAUUUGAAUAGUGGAUGUCUCUUUCCCACAAACUAGACAAACUCAAGUGAAAAGAAAAAGGAAGAAAUUCUUCUAUAGUACCUGAGGGACCCAAGAGGAAAAAAAGCUGAGGGGAAAAAAAAGGAGAAAACGUAGAUCUACUAUAUCAUGCUAUUCACCUGGGCUACAGAAGUGGACUAAGAAAUUUAAUAAUGUUAAGCAUCAUCUCCAUUGAUUUUUUGCAAGUGCUGCAUUCAGAGAAGAUCUCUUCCAAUUUAGAUUUCCAGAUACUUUGACUUUGAGCUCUAACAACUUUAUAACCUCCCCAAAGCCCCUCAUAAAUGCAUUGCAAUGGUCACAUGAACAUUUUGGGCGUGGUACCAGCACCAUUUUUUGUCCUCUCUACUAUGGCACUUUAAGACGAUAAAGCCAAAAAAGUUUCUUUUUUUUUAAUUGAAAGUAUUCCAAAAAAUGAAUCUUAUUGUGAAACUUCGUAGAAGUUUCAGAACACUGGUAAUUCUCUUAACCACCUUCUGUUUAGUAAGCAUAGUCAUUUCCGCCUAUUACUUAUAUACAGGCUACAAGCAGGAGAUGACCCUAAUUGAAACCACUGGAGAAGCAGAAUGUGAGGGCCUUAAACUUUUACCAUACAGGUCCAUGGAGCUGAAGACUGCUAAGCCGAUGGAUCCAUCUAAUACUGACCCUAUCGUCUUGCUAUUUGUGGAGAGCCAGUACUCCCAGCUUGGACAAGAUAUCAUAGCCAUCCUCGAGUCUAGUCGAUUCCAGUACCAUAUGGUGAUUGCACCUGGAAAAGGUGACAUUCCUCCUCUUACGGAUAGUGGCAAAGGGAAAUAUAUGCUUGUUAUAUACGAGAAUAUUUUAAAGUAUGUGUCCAUGGACUCAUGGAAUAGAGAGCUUCUGGAAAAAUAUUGUGUGGAAUACAGUGUUAGCAUAAUUGGUUUUCAUAAAGCCAAUGAGAACAGCUCACCAAGUAUUAAAUUAAAAGGAUUUCCACUAGACCUUUACAAUAAUGUUGCCCUCAAAGAUUGCUUUGUAAACUCUCAAUCUCCUCUACUGCACAUUACCAAAGCACCAAGGAUUGAGAAAGGCCCACUACCUGGGGAAGACUGGACGGUUUUCCUAUUUAAUCACUCCACCUACCAACCUGUGCUUUUAACUGAAUUACAGACUUCCAGAUCCUUCCCAGCAUCAUUGCCUAAGGCUCCACUGUAUGCUACAGUGAUCCAGGACUUGGGGCUUCAUGAUGGGAUUCAGAGAGUCCUUUUUGGAAACAACUUGACCUUUUGGCUACACAAGUUGAUCUUUAUAGAUGCUGUCUCUUUCCUAACGGGGAAGAAGCUUGCAUUGUCCUUGGAUAGGUACAUUCUUGUCGAUAUAGAUGACAUCUUUGUUGGAAAGGAGGGAACAAGAAUGAACGUCCAGGAUGUGAAGGCAUUACUAGAGACUCAAAAUUUACUGCGCACUCAGGUUGCAAAUUUUACCUUCAACCUUGGAUUUUCAGGAAAGUUUUACCACACAGGAACCGAAGAGGAGGAUGAAGGUGAUGACCUGUUGUUGGGGUCUGUGGAUGAGUUCUGGUGGUUUCCCCAUAUGUGGAGUCACAUGCAGCCUCAUCUGUUCCAUAAUGAGUCAUCACUGGUGGAGCAGAUGAUUCUCAACAAGGACUUUGCACUAGAACAUGGUAUUCCGACUGACAUGGGCUAUGCAGUGGCUCCGCACCACUCUGGGGUCUACCCUGUACAUGUUCAGCUUUAUGAGGCCUGGAAGAAGGUCUGGGGUAUCAAAGUCACAAGCACAGAAGAGUAUCCACAUCUAAAACCUGCACGGUACAGACGGGGCUUCAUCCACAAUGGCAUCAUGGUACUUCCUCGACAGACCUGUGGCCUUUUCACCCACACAAUUUUCUACAAGGAGUAUCCUGGGGGCCCUCAAGAAUUGGACAAAAGCAUCCGAGGGGGUGAACUCUUCCUCACCAUCCUCCUGAAUCCCAUCAGCAUCUUCAUGACCCAUUUGUCCAACUACGGGAAUGACCGCCUGGGGUUAUAUACCUUUUUGAAUCUGGCCAACUUUGUUAAGAGCUGGACUAACCUAAAACUACAGACCCUGCCUCCAGUUCAGCUGGCUCACAAGUACUUUGAACUCUUCCCUGAGCAAAAGGACCCUCUCUGGCAGAAUCCAUGUGAUGAUAAACGGCAUAGGGAUAUCUGGUCCAGAGAUAAAACUUGUUACCAUCUUCCAAAAUUCCUUGUGAUUGGACCUCAGAAAACAGGAACAACAGCACUUCAUUUAUUUCUCCUUAUGCAUCCUUCUAUCAUCAGUAAUCUCCCUAGUCCAAAAACUUUUGAAGAAGUUCAGUUCUUCAACGGAAACAACUAUCACAAGGGAAUUGACUGGUACAUGGAUUUCUUCCCUACCCCUUUAAAUGUCACCACUGACUUUCUGUUUGAGAAAAGUGCCAACUACUUCCAUUCAGGGGAGGCUCCCAGACGAGCAGCUUCCUUGGUCCCCAAGGCCAAGAUCAUCACCAUUCUCAUUGACCCAUCAGAUCGGGCAUACUCCUGGUAUCAGCACCAGCGAUCUCAUGAGGACCCUGCUGCUCUGAAGUUCAAUUUCUAUGACGUGAUUACAUCAGACCAUUGGGCUCCCUCAGAGUUAAGGACUCUCCAGAAGAGAUGUCUGAUCCCUGGGUGGUACGCUACCCAUAUAGAAAGAUGGCUAACUCAUUUUCCCACUUCCCAGGCAACAAGUACCGGCCUACGAGCAGCAGAGUUUGCAUGGGAUGCAAAGUUCCCAAAAAAAUAUGCCUGCAAGUUGGGGGAUCUAUGGCAGUUGCUAAUUAUUGAUGGACAGCAGCUAAGAAGUGACCCAGCUACAGUGAUGGAGGAAGUGCAGAAGUUUCUGGGAGUCUCACCUCAUUAUAAUUACUCUGAAGCUCUAACUCUAGAGCUUUUCUUUCAAGCUACUACAGAGAUCACAAUGUGGAACUGUCCAAACUACUGCACAGAUUGGGACAACCCCUGCCAUACUGGCUGAGACAGGAGCUUCAGAAAGUGAGAUAGCACUGAUGUUCAGAGGACCAAAGUCUAAUGACAGUUACCGGCACCAUAAAACCCCUCGCUUCCCUGAUUCACUUGUGAUUGUCAGUAGAGGACCUCAUGAAUAACUGUCUCAAAAUUAAAUACAAAUAUAAAACUGUUUAUAUAUGCACGCACUGACAGCUAUUAGCAUCAACUCCUUUGUCAGCUUCUGGGACACAAUAUAGAGCUAUGUGGCAUUAUUCUUUAUCCAGCCUGGGACUCAUGCAUAGUCUAGUCCCUCUGUUUACCAGAAAGUUCCAGAAACUGUAUGUAUGAUUGAUAGUCUUCAUCAUAUAUGACAAAUUACAGCCUGUCAGGACACAAGCAAAGGACAGAAACAUCUCUCGGUGGAUUAUGAGGUUGGUUGAAUUAAUAGUUUUCUAUAUUUUCUUCUUUUGGCCUGAUCCUUCAAGGUGAAAAAUGAGGGAAAUCAGGGGGCAUUCAGAACCUUGCAAAACAGGGCCCUUAGUUAUUAGGGUUUAUUUAGCUAUAACUAACAAUGCUGCCCUGUUGCUUUCCUUAUAAAAAAUAGCUUGUUUUUUUCACAGUGGGCUAAAUUCCUUUAUGGCAUAACUCCAUGGACUAUUUGGCCAAUGGUCUGUGGGAUUUCUUUUCUUACAUCUUUCUCUCAAACAAGAUGUACCCUGGUCUACGGAAGCUGUGUGUGAAUUGCGGAAGUGCAGCUCUCCUGUUAGCCACUCGAGCAGUGAACCAGUCAAUGAAGCCAGCCAAUUGAAAACUGUGCCUUUCACUGAACUGACAUUCUUACCUUGUUUUGCCCCCCCUUUAUAAAAUUUUCAUCAUGCUUAUCUAGUUCCUAUGGUGCUUGUGUUUGGGAUGUGAAAUCUGAUUAGUUUGCCAUAAUGUCAUUGGGACUCAUAAAACAAUCAUCAGAAAGGUCAAAAUCUAAGCAGACCAUUAGCUCAGUGAACUUCACACAGACAAUGGCUUAAUUCUGACAAUUUCAUGGUCAGGCUUGGGAGCAAAUAGUUUUUACUCUGAAGCCUUUAAAAUACGAGAGACUGGGUUUCUACUGUUCUAGUAUCAUAGCCUUAAACCCUUGUCAAAAAGGCCUAUAGAACUUAAUAGGAAUGAAACAAUAAAUUAAUCUGGGUUCUAUAAAAAUUACUUUACAAACCUAUAGGCUAUCACAAAAAAAAUCUCCAUUCUGUAGAUUUUUUUUUAAACCAGCCAAUAGAACUUAAUAGGGAAUUAUAUCCACAGUAUCACAUACAUGUUGUGAUGUAUUCUUAUUUUUGCACAUCCAUAUACUCUAUCUAUCUAUCUAUAGAUAGAUAGAUAGAUAAAGUAGCCACACUGUCCCUGUCCAGUUUUUUUCCCCUCCUCCUUGGAUACAGUCCCUGUCUACUUAGGACACUGGAUGUGCCUCAUAUUCCUGCCCACUGCCUAUCUCCCUCUUCUCCCCUCCCCCGCCCCCCAGGCACUAUCCCUGCCUCCAGCUUCCAUAGGAGGAGCCCAGAAGCAGAAGAUGUGUGUAUGAGAUGGAGGAGAUAGUGUAGUCAGGCUGGAGUGAGAGUUGUGGGGGGACCAACCAUGCUUUCAGAGUAAUAGAGUUUAAGGCCAGAAGGGACCACCAUCUAGUCUGACUGCCUGUAUAGCAUAGGCCACCAACACCACCCAGCAUCCGCACACUAAUCCCAAUCACUGAAAUUAGACCAAAGUAUUACAGCCCAUAGGCAACGAGCCUGUUAUUUGCCACAGGCAGACAAUAGAAGGAACCAAGGUGCAAUGGUAGUUGGGGCCCCUGCAACAGCAAGGAAAUAAUUAAGAUAUACCCAUGUAAACCUGGCAAGUGACCCAUACUCACAUGCUGCAGAGGAAGGUGAAAACACCUAGGGUUACUUCCAAUCUGAUUUUGGGGAAAUUCCUUCCAGAUGCCACAGAUGGCAGUCGGUUAGAUUCUGAGCACGUAAGCAAAAAACAGAGAGAGAAAUGCUCAGUGCCACCUCAGAGCCCUGGCCCUCCCUGUCCAAUGGCCCGUCUCCAGCCAUGGCCAUCCCUGAUGCUCCAGAGGAAGGAGAUAAAAAAGCUCCCAGAAUACAUUGGGGGAGGGAGAAAUCCCCACCUGACCCCUGCAGGUGGCCAGCAAGAACCCUGAAGCGUGAGCUUUUAGGAACAAAAAAUAUAAACUGGAAGUGAGACUCAUAGAAUCAUAAAAGAUUAGGGUUGGAAGAGACUUUAGGAGGUCAUCUAGUCCAAUCCCCUGCUCAAACCAGGACCAACCCCAAUUAAAUCAUCCAGCCAGGGCUUUGUCAAGCCAGGACUCAGGCUUGUUGAGCCCUGCCCCCUACCACCACAAGCUACCCAAUCAUAUAUUUGUACUCAUUAAUUUGUCCAGGUCUUUCUCAAAGCUAAGUCAGUUGUUUGCCCCACAAUUCCUAUUGGGAAGCUUUUCCAGAACCUCACCCCUCUGAUAGUUAGAAAUCUUCUUUUAAUUUCCAGCUGGAAUUUGUUCUUUGCCAGUUUAUAUUCAUUUGUUCUUGAGCCAACAUUUUCCUUGAGCUUAAAUAGCUCUUCACCCUCCCUGGUAUUUACCCUCCUAAUCUCAUAGCUGUAACUGGACAUUUUAGUGCUCGGGAAGAGCAAGUAUAUUUGUACCCCACUGCUGGGGUUUUUGUGGGUUUUUUUGGCAUUUCUCCACCCCAUUUUUCUUCCCCUGCGGCUUUGCACCCUCGGCAGCUGCCCUGCUCACCCUGACCUGGUUACAUCCCUGCCUAAACUAUUUACAGAGGACAAUCAUAUCUGCUCUCAGCUUUCAUUUUGCUAUACUAAACAAGCCAUGCUUUUCCAGUCUCCUUUCAUAGAUAGGGCCUACAUUCCCCUGAUCAUCCUAGUAGCUCUUCUUUGCAUCUGUUCUGGUUUAAAUUUAUCUUUCUUUAACAUCAGUGACAAGAACUGUACUCAAUAUUCCAAAUGAGAUCUGACCAGUUCCUUGUACAAUAGCAUUAACACUUCUCUCUCUACUGGAAUUGCCUCGUUUGAUAAAUCCUAGAAUCACAUUUGCCUUUUUCACAGCCACAACACCUUGGUGGCUCAUAGAUGUCCUGUGAUUGACCCAAACACCAAGGUCUUUCUCCUUCUUUUGCAUCCAACUGAUUAACCCCCAGCUUGUAACAGAAAUUCUUCUUAUUAUACGCCAAAUUCAUGACUUUUCAUUUUGUUUUAUAGACGCCCCCCGGGUUACGCAAACCUGAUUUAUGCAAAUAGUUCCGUAAGCUAGAAAUAGUUUGGGGUUUUUUGCACAAUGGUUGGGUAUACGUUUCUGACUUAUGCAAAAUUCAAGCUACACAAGGUGUUCCGGAAUGGAACACUUGCAUAAGUCCGGGAGCGUCUGUACUGAAUUUCAUCCCAUUUCUGUCACUUCAGCCUUCAGGGUCAUCCAAAUCUUCCCGAAGAUUAUUCCAGUCCUCCUUUGUAUUGACAAUGCUGCCUAACUUUGUAUCUUCAGCAAAUUUCAUUAGAACACUCCUACUUUUUGUGCCAAGAUCACUAAUAAAAAUACUGAAUACGAUUGGUCCCAAGACCAAUCCUGCAGGAACUCCCCUAGUAACCGCCCUUCUCUUCAAUAAUUCACCUUUCAGCACAACCCAUUGUCCUUUUCUGGCAGCAUUUGGAAUUGCAGCCCAAUGCCAGCUACAGACUCACUCACUUGAAUGGCUGAAACCAGAAAUGAAGUAUCAGUUCUAGCUCAGUCAAAAAUCAUGCACUUCUGGUGGCGAAAGUCAUAGGAGUUGCAGAAUCAUUGCAAGAGUUGGCAACACCGUGUCCCUGUAACUGUGUGAUGUUAAUGGGACCUAACUCAUGUCUAAAUAAUAAAACCACAUUGGCCACAUCAAAAUUCUAAAGUUGUCCCCCCACCCACCCAAAAAAGGAAAAUGGGAAUGAGAGAGGAAAAAACAGUGUUGCCAAAUAUUGUGCUAUUGUGAAUCUCACAAUAGUUGGAGUUUUCCUUAAUGCCCUAGCUGCUGGCAAUUAGAAAUUACAUGAGAAUUUCAGCUUUCAUUUAUUAACAAAGUAAGUUUCUAGCUUUUAUGGUUGUAAGGAAAAAAUUGAAAACACGACUCAAAUGCACCCUAAGGCUCAGAAGACAGAAAGUAAAUAAAGAAUCACAGGUUUAUUAUUCUGGAAAAAAUACUUUUGAGCCAAACUCAUGAUUUUUGGAGGGUCCUGACUCGUAUUUAGGGUUAACGAUGUUGAAGAAAACUGGCGUGGUAAAACUUUUUUGGACAAAAGGUUGCAGUGGGGAAUGGGAGUAAUUCCAAAGACUAUCCAGCCAACCCAUAAUCUGAUAGAACAUAUUUAAGUGCUAAAUUGCAUCUGCAGCAACUCAUCAGUAAUUAAAAGAUAACUUUGUAUUCUUUUGAAAUGAAAAGCUCAGGAAACACCAAAUGUUGUUUUGGGAGCUUUUAAAGGAAUACAGCAGAUGUCUUAAUCUGUUGCACUCCCUUUUGGGAAGGGUGGAAACCAGCUUUUCAUGUAAGAAAAAUACUAAAGUAUCUUUUUAAAUCUCCUUUUCUGCCAUCCUAUUAUGUCUUUAAUAUCCAUCCAGAGGAGCGUUUCACAUCACUUCUGUUUUUUGUGCCUCCUUGUUACUUAUGUUUGGAUAAAUGCCAUGCUAUCAAGAUAUUCCAUGUUCUCAUUGAUAAACUGAGACUUGAUGUGAUUUUGUUAGGUGUAGCAUACAAUUUGAAUAUAAAAUAACAGCAUGUUAGGGUCUAAUUUCUUCUGCCUGUAACAUGACCCAUCAGCACAGCCUUUGUCCAGAACAACUUUAUUGUAGAAGGGUCUUUGUACGCUGGCUGUAAAUAAUCUUGACUUUUUUUCCCUUUUAGCAAUUCAUGAAAUUAUGCUUUUGACAUCACUGACUAUGUAACUGAUGGGCAUCUGAAAAACCAAUUAAAUAAAUUAUAA